AUGCCAGACCCAAUCUUUAAUCUUCGACUACCAUAUCAUAUCCUCGAUGAUAUCCUUACUCUGGUUGGAGACGACGGUCUCUGCGCCAUGUGCGCUGCACGGCCCGAUCUGAUAGUAGACCUCUACCAGUACGGAGCUCAGAAAGGAAUCUGGCUGGAUCGCCCACCCAUUCUGCGCACCGCCAGUUCGGUCGUUACUUAUUACAAUAAUCACCCGAAUCAACUGUCCAUGGGGGAGUGGGGGACAUGGAGUGUCCCGUAUCCCGCCCAUGACCAGCCAAUUUGGCUGGCCGAACGCCUCAUUGCGUAUGAUGCCAUAGCAAGUCUUCAGAUGCUCAGUAGAGCGGGUCUCUUUACGGUUAGAUCCUAUACGCAUACUGGCUGGACAGCCCUUGGGUUUGCGCUUGCCCAUCGAGCGGAGCGCGUGGCCAACUAUUUCUUGAGCUUCUACUCGCCCCAGGAGCUGUUACACGACAGAGCCCGCAUAGGACUCGGUGCGCCAUCCUACUGGACUCUCGCGGUCGAAGGCAAAGAAGAGCUUCUUUCUUGUUUCGUCCAGAUGUGGGCGUGUGUCUCGAUCGCGUCAAACCCCACUCCAGCGUUGAGCCGCGACGACAUAUGCAACCUGUGCACGUAUAUUUCGGGAGGCCUGGCGCAGUCGCUGCUACAGCAGGGCCUUAAUGUGGCUCUCAUGCCUGCUGACCCCAUGACCCGGGAUAUAUCCUGGCACAGUGCGAUGUCGAACCGGAAUCUCGACUUCCUGGAUUUUCUCUCCGUCCACGCACGCCACCUAAUCAAUGAUCAGACGAGUGGCCAAAGCACACCACUCUACAUGGCGUCGAUGCUGGAGGAAUCUCCAGAGAUAACGGCGCGCCUCAUCUCCUACGGGGCCGAUAUCACCGCCCCAACCCGGAGCGGAAAGUCCGUUCUGCACCACCUCGUCUACCAAAGAAGAACAAAAGGCAAAUGCUUCCGCACGAUCUUUCCACACCUCCGCAACCUAGACCUCGGCGCCGGCACGCCAGUCGGCACGCUCCUUCACCAAGCCAUCCGGGGUGUGGAAACCGCCAUUGCGCGAACGCCUCCAAAUUCGACCAUUGCGGAAAAUAGCCGGCGUCGACAGCGUCUUUUGAACGCCGCGGCGCACGAAUGCUCCCGUAUUCGCAAAGGAAACCAGUGGGGCAAGCCAGACAUUGCGCAGAUCGAUAGUCAGGGGCUGACGCCGCUCCAACUCGCCCAGAAUCUCGGGUACCACCAGCUUACCUAUACGCUGGAAACUCGCGCCCAUGAAGCGCAAUUGCCGUCACGGCGGCCGCAUCAUCGAUAUCACUUUCGUUAAUGCUUGAAUUCUCAGCGGCUGGAAAAUAGUGGCUUUGAUAGAGAUUUAUUACUACAUACGGCUAGAGAGAGAGGGGAUGAAGGAGUUGGGGGGUGUUCAUAUAUAUAGAAGUUGUACUUCAGCUGAG